UAAAUAUAAUUACGGGAUCAUCCUGGUGAGCCCCGUCCAUCCUGUGACUGAGGGAGAUCCUGUUACUCUGAACUGCAGAGAUAAAGAACAAAAACUUCUCUCCAAUGUGUUUUUCUAUCACAAUAACAAACUGAUCCACAAUGACAGCAGAGAGGAGCUGAAGAUCUCUGCAGUGUCCAAGUCAGAUGAAGGUUUCUACAAGUGUAAACAUUCAGGAAAGGAGUCACCACAGAGCUGGAUGGCUGUUAGAGUAACUACAUCCAGUCCUGUCAGCUCUUCAUUUUCUGCUCUGCUGAUUGUUGGAACAGUUUUUGGAAUCAUUCUCCUUAUUCUCCCACUUAUGUUGUGGCGCUGCAGACGUUCCAAAGAUUCAAAUUCUUCCAGAUCAUAUAGAACCAAUCAGAAGUCCACCACAAAUCCCGGAGCAGAGACUAAUGACCGUAGCUCUGCUACGAAGGAUGAUGUCCUCUAUGCAUCAGUCAACCCAGGAGCCACUGGAUCUGAGGAACCCACAGAAAUCACAUAUUCCAUUAUUCCAUUAAAAAAACUCAGAAAAAAGAACAGACAUUGUGAACCAGAGGAUGGUGUUAUUUACUCUGAAGUGAAACCAGGAGCUGCAGAACCCACUCCCUUGUAUGCUGAAAUCAACCACAAGAAUAAAGCUAAGAAAAAGAAAGCUCAGCCCCAGGAGACCAAGGGGCACCCUCUGCUGGAGGAAGGGGGACAGACCUCCAGAUCCCAACAAUCUGACCUCAUCAGGAAGGAACCAGGAAAAGCUUCAACAAAACAAAUCAGAAUAAAGGGGCAGCAUUGUCCCCUGAAAGACAUCAGUAGUCCACCUGAUGUGUUGUAG